UGCGGCCAUGCCGUCCUGGCCCUCGGCCGCUUCGCCCUCGACUACGGGCUGGUGGCAGCUCCCGACUGCCCCGAGACCGCCGUCCGCCUGCGCUGCCCGUGCGGGCCCGUCACCGCCUUCGUGCCCUGGGACGGCCACCGCAGCGGCAACCCCGUCCGCUUCCACAGUGUGCCCGCCUUCGCUGCCGCCACCGACUUGGCCAUUGAUGUCCCUGGUCACGGGAAGGUGGUGGUCGACAUCGGCUAUGGCGGCACUUUCUACGCCUUCCUCAGCGCUGAGCAGCUGGGCCUUGAUGUGUGCUCUUCGAAGACCAGAGACCUUGUCAAUGCGGCGAGCGCGGUGACAGAAGCGGUGAAGAAACAGUUCAAGCUUCAUCACCCUGAAAGUGAAGACCUGGCGUUCCUCUACGGCACCAUACUUACAGAUGGGAAAGAUGCCUUCAGUGAGGAGCCCACCACCAACAUCUGUGUGUUUGCAGACGAACAGGUUGACCGAAGUCCGACAGGUUCGGGUGUGACAGCCCGCAUCGCCUUGCAGUACCAUAAGGGCCUCAUCCAGCUGAACCAGACCAGAACCUUUCGGAGCAGCACCACAGGCUCCUUGUUCACCGGGAAGGCAGUGAAGGAAGCCAAGUUUGGGGACUACAAUGCUGUCAUUGUGGAAGUCUCUGGAGAAGCCUUUUACACCGGUACAGCCACCUUCACUGUUGAAGAGGAGGACCCGCUGAAAUACGGCUUCUUCUGCAAGUGACCUGAGGCACUGGGCAGUGGCAGCCUCACCAGUGGUGCUGUGCUUCUCUUCUCCUGUCCGUGUGUUUCUGUUCUGCGUCUCCACAUGGCUUGUUGCAAUAUGCCAGAGCAACAGGGACAGCCUUUGGUGGUGUGGCAGCAUGGGCCAUGUUCCCCUGUUGUGAUUAGCAUAUUGAGUGCAGUGUGAUUAGCAUAUAUGGGCCACUCUGAGAAGCCAUAAUCUUUUUCUUCUUUUUUUUUUUUUAUUUUCAUAAUUAUUCACAGAAAUUCACAGGAGCUGAUUUUGGAAAGCUGUCUCCAAAUGUAUGUGCCUUCUCUACAUCUGCAAAUUACUAAUUUCAAAGCCAGAUUUCUAUUAAACGCCGGCUGAAAACACUGCCUUUAUCCUCAA